GGCUACCAUACGAAUUAGACUCGCACCAACCCCCAAGCGUUAGUCGUUUCAUCAAUGGCGGCUUCAUCUGCAAUCUCCUCAAGUUCUUUCCUUUCCGUUAGCCAGAAAGAUGCGGGUGUGUCUUCAUUUUACGCACAACCUUCUUCUUCAAUCCAAAUGUCCCAGAAAAAAGUAUCGAAGAAGAUUGUAUCCGUGAUGGCACCACAACAAUCUGAACGAAAACCAUCCACCACUGGUUCAGUAAAGACCGGGAUGACAAUGACAGAGAAAAUCUUUUCCAGAGCUGCCGAGAAACCUCAGUUGAACCCUGGUGACAAUGUUUGGGUCAAUGUUGACAUCUUGAUGACACAUGAUGUUUGUGGCCCAGGUUGCAUUGGAAUCUUCAAGAAAGAGUUUGGGAACGAUGCCAAGGUUUGGGACCGUGAAAAGAUUGUCAUCAUACCUGACCAUUAUAUAUUCACAAGUGAUGAAAGAGCAAACAGAAAUGUCGAUAUCAUAAGGGAUUUCUCCACGGAGCAAGAUAUCAAAUAUUUUUAUGAUAUAAAAGACCGUAGUAACUUCAAGGUUAAUCCUGAUUACAAAGGUGUAUGCCAUGUUGCUCUUGCACAAGAAGGUCAUUGCAGACCUGGAGAGGUCUUGCUUGGUACGGAUUCCCACACCUGUACUGCUGGAGCAUUUGGCCAGUUCGCUACAGGAAUCGGUAACACUGACGCUGGUUUUGUGCUUGGGACUGGAAAACUUUUGCUUAAGGUACCCCCGACCUUAAGAUUUGUGUUGGAUGGAGAAAUGCCCGAUUAUCUGCUUGCAAAGGAUUUGAUCCUUCAAAUAAUUGGUGAAAUAUCUGUAUCCGGUGCAACAUAUAAGGCAAUGGAGUUUGUUGGUUCGACUAUUGAAAGUCUAACAAUGGAAGAAAGAAUGACAUUAUGCAACAUGGUUGUUGAAGCUGGGGGAAAGAAUGGUAUUGUUCCAGCUGAUGCUACUACAUUUAAAUACCUCGAGGACAAAACAUCUCUCCCCUACGAACCUGUUUACAGUGAUGAUCAAGCAAGGUUUCUUGCUGAGUACAGAAUCGAUGUCACCAAAUUGGAGCCCCUAGUGGCAAAGCCUCAUUCUCCUGAUAAUCGGGGAUUAGCAAGGGAAUGCAAAGAUGUGAAAACAGACAGAGUGUAUAUUGGAUCAUGUACUGGAGGCAAAACGGAAGAUUUCCUAGCUGCUGCCAGAGUUUUCCUAGCUUCGGGCAAAAAGGUCAAAGUACCCACAUUCCUUGUUCCUGCUACUCAAAAGGUAUGGAUGGACUUAUAUACCCUCCCAGUGCCAGAAUCUGGUGGCAAGACUUGUUCCCAGAUAUUUGAAGAAGCCGGUUGUGAUACGCCUACCAGUCCUAGCUGUGGUGCCUGUUUGGGUGGUCCACAGGAUACUUAUGCACGCCUUAAUGAACCUCAGGUCUGUGUGUCGACCACAAAUAGGAACUUCCCAGGCCGCAUGGGUCACAAAGAAGGUCAGAUCUAUUUAGCUUCUCCUUACACUGCUGCAGCUUCGGCUUUGACUGGUUUUGUUACCGAUCCAAGAGAGUUUUUGCGUUGAUUUCAAUGCUGUUUAUGUUCAUUCAGCGACACAACCUUGUUGUAUGUUUGGCUUUACUACGUUAUUAUUAUAAAUCUCUACGAAACAUCCAUAUGCUCAUGUUUGCUUUACUUCAGGACUCCCCAAUAAAUAUCCAUGAGUUUGCAUUUUAAGCA